AACCCUAAGGCUUCUAGAGCCUUUGAAAAUUUGAGGCUAGGUAAAGAUAGAAUGCCUUUCUUUAUGUCUCCUGACCAGAAACUGCACAAAGAUGGUUUGUGCAAGGGUCAAGGGGCAGGUUAGAAGAAUCUGACAUCCACUAUUUGCCUUGGAUACUGUGGUUUAUUUUGCUAAGAAAUUCUGAAUAGGGUGGAAUAGAGGAGGAGUAUCCUCAUAAUUGAGACCCAUGGUAUGUAUACAUGGGGCUUUAGGAAGUGAGUAUAGGCUCUUUCUGCUACCUGUGAGCAAUUCCCCUGGAAAGAAACAUGUAAGAAAGAGAACAAGAAUGUGUGUGUGUGUGUGUGUGUGUGUGCGUGUGUGUGUGUAUAUGUGUGUGCGCGCGCGUGCAAAUGUGAGUACAUGCACGGUCCUGUAUUUCUUUCUCCCUAUUAGGGAGUUUAUGCAAAAUUUGUCCCAGAUUUUAUCUUUGUAUGUUUGUAUGCUCUUCAAAGAGUCCUAAGAAAUUAAAUCUUCCAAGUAUUUUCCAUUUAGUGUUGCAGCCAAAGUAUUUAUUAAGUCUUUGCUGCACUUACAUAUAUACCCAGCCAACAUGCAACUAGAGGCAAAUAUAUAAUGUCUUCUAUUGAUAAGGUUGAUCUCUAACCUAACAUAUUCAGUGAUCAAGCUGGAUUACUCCUGCUUUUGGUGCUCUCGCCUUACUUGGAAGAUCUGUAACAUUACUGAAAUAGGCUGGUCAGAUAAACACUUUACAAAGUCCCAGACUUGGCCAUAAGGAUAAUGCUGCAUUUUCUGUCAGAAUCACACAGUGUGUGUUCUGUAAAGGUUAUUUCUGCAUGGAAACUCAACUUCUUGGAUUAGCAGUCCCAGUGAAAAUCCUCACUGUUGGAGUAUAAACCAAAUAUACAGUCCUUUUGCAAAGUAGCCUUUUUUAUUCCAUCCUCAAAAUACCCUAUCUAGCAAGAAACACGGGGCCUGUAAUUCUUUCCUCUGCUCCCUUUCCAAUUUUAAGAUUGGGUUUUGUUUGGAGCAGUAAAAUUCCAUGUGUUAAGUAGAACCUGGACUCCCAUUCCAACAGGGUCACUUGGUAAUUGUAGCCAUAUAAAUGUGGAUCCAGGUUACUACUCUCACUCUUUACCUUCCUCAGGUAAGUCAUGUUUAUCAGCCUUUGAAGAAAUGUUCCUGCCAGUAUCUUAAAUGCAAGACUGAAUUAAUAAGGAAAAAAAUAUAUUAAGUAUAUUCAUAGGGGACUGAGGAGCACAGGCUGAGGGAAUAUCAUUUACUGGGUUGCCCCCACCCCUCUUUUGUCUCCAGUCUGGUGCCAGGUAGUGGAGUGGAAAAGGAAAUGAUUUAUUUUUCUAUUCUAUGUGCACACAUACAGUAUACAUAUAUAUUUAUAUCACAAUUUAUGAAACCAAAAAGUUGAGUUUCCAAUGGAACCCUUGUUUUUUUUUUUAAUAAUCAACUUGUUUUUAAAUGUGAUUGGGACUAUAAUAUUGUACAGUUAUUAUAGGGUUUGGGGGGAAGGGGAGGGCAGAGAGAAGAUACUCUGGGGGGUUGCUUCUGUUUUCCUUCAGGGUUUUAUUUUUUGAUUUUUUUUUCUUGGUGGCCCUUUCUGUAUUGCUGGCAUCUGUGCUAAGCCAUACAGUGGCAAAAAUAAUGACAUGUAGCGAAGAUUUUAAAACAAUGCAUUUUUUCUUUUUGUAAAAUUUCUUGUGUCGUGUGAUCUUGAUUGCGGCUUUAUUCCUUUCCAGCUUAUAAAAUAUAGAUAACCACCACUAAAAGAAUACAUAGCUCAGGCUUGAAAUGUAACUCAGUGGGAGAGCAGUUGCCUAGUAUGCGCAAGUGUCUGAAAUCGAUCCCCAGCACCACAAGAAACAACAGAGAAGAAUCCAUAGCUUGAGCUUCAAAACAUACAAUUAUAAAGCAUUUCAGGAAUCAGAAGUCACAGUGCCCCGGUGAUUCAACACCCUUCCUCCUCACUUGCCCUCCUGAUCCUGACACAUUCUGAGAAGACAGCAGAGACAUCGGGCUACACUUAAAGGAGGUGGGGGUUGCCAAAGCCCAUAGGGGAAAGGGAGAGAGUUUGGACUUGAAACCAGUAGAGCAGCACACCUGGAUAUAUGUUCUCCUCUGGAUGAAAGAGUUAGGAAUUAGGACAUUUAAGCUUCCAAAUCUGGACCUGUAUUUCUUCUCUAGGCCCAUGGAGUUCAUAAGUAACAUUUAAAAUCAAAAGGCAAAGCCUUUGUUAUUCAGUGUCUGUAUAGAAUCCAGCUAGAAACUGGACCUCAUGUUUAUCCUUUCUACUCCAGGUCCCUCUCUUUUUUCCUCACAUCUGUUUAUGGAAGAAAAUAGAGCUUGGGGCCAGGGAUGAUUUCAUGACUGCACUAGAAUCUUAUGAUCUAUCACAUGUCUACAUUUUGGGGAAGCAUUUGAAGAAGCUCAUGUGAUGACCUAGAUUGGGAAUUUAAUAAUUGAGACAUACUCAUCAGACAUGCCACCAUCUGAGAAUUUUGUCAAUAAAGUUACAUCCAACUGCUGGAGCUGACUUCCGCAAUCCUGAUGGAAUAAAUCCAGCAUCCCUAGUCUUCCAACCACAUUAGACAUACUUUCUGACCCAAGAGGAGCUCAGACAGCAAGAUUCCCGGCAGCAGGAUGUGGGGGCUCAAGGUUCUGCUGCUACCCAUGGUGAGCUUUGCUCUGUACCCUGAAGAAAUACUGGAUACCCAGUGGGAAUUAUGGAAGAAGACCUAUAUGAAGCAAUACAAUGGCAAGGUGGAUGAACUCUCUCGUCGUUUAAUUUGGGAAAAGAACCUGAAGUAUAUUUCUGUCCACAAUCUUGAGGCCUCUCUUGGUGUACAUACGUAUGAAUUGGCUAUGAAUCACUUGGGGGACAUGACCAGUGAAGAAGUAGUUCAGAAGAUGACUGGACUCAAAGUCCCUGCCUCUCGUUUCCAUAGUAAUGACACCCUUUACAUACCAGAAUGGGAGGGCAGAACCCCAGAUUCCAUCGACUAUCGAAAGAAGGGAUAUGUUACUCCGGUCAAAAAUCAGGGUCAGUGUGGUUCCUGUUGGGCUUUUAGUUCUGUGGGUGCCCUGGAGGGACAACUCAAGAAGAAAACUGGCAAACUCUUAAAUCUGAGUCCACAGAACCUGGUGGAUUGUGUUUCUGAUAAUGAUGGCUGCGGAGGGGGCUAUAUGACCAAUGCCUUCCAGUAUGUGCAGCAGAAUCGGGGUAUUGAUUCUGAAGAUGCGUAUCCAUACGUGGGACAGGAUGAAAGUUGUAUGUACAACCCAACAGGCAAAGCAGCUAAAUGCAGAGGAUUCAGGGAGAUUCCCAUAGGGAAUGAGAAAGCCCUAAAGAGAGCAGUGGCUCGAGUGGGCCCGGUCUCUGUGGCCAUUGAUGCAAGCUUGACCUCUUUCCAGUUUUACAGCAAAGGUGUAUAUUAUGAUGAAAACUGCAAUAGCGAUAAUCUGAACCAUGCAUUGUUGGCAGUAGGAUAUGGGACCCAGAAAGGAAACAAGCACUGGAUAAUUAAGAACAGCUGGGGAGAAAACUGGGGAAACAAAGGCUACAUUCUCAUGGCUCGGAAUAAGAACAACGCCUGUGGCAUUGCAAACUUGGCCAGCUUCCCCAAGAUGUGACCGCAAGCAGCCAACCCCAUCCUGCUCUUCUAUUCCUUCUAUGAUGGUACAAUCUGUUGAUGUACUUUGGAAGGGAGUUGUGUUAUUCUUGAAGUAGAUGUGGUGAUACUGAGACUUUUUAAUUCUCUAAUUAUUGGUGCUUCAAGUGACACCUAUACAACCUUCUGUUCUUUCCACCCUUUUUCUUUGUGGCCAUAGCAGGAAUUUCCCUAAGAGAUGUAUCCUUUUAGGCUCAGAGAUAUGACCACAGACUGACUUUGUUCUGGGACUGUUGCUAUGUGGAUAGAUUCAUUCAUUGGGAUUAUUUAGCUUUAACCACCCCAGAGGACUGAAGUGACCUGACUUCUCUACUUCCAAGUCCCCUUCUAAAUCCUCAAGGGAGAUAUUUCUGAGUUUUUUCAUUCCAAUUCACAAAUCUAUUCAUAAAUAUUUGGUACAAGUUUCCAAAAUAUAAAAAUGUAUUUUCUUUUUCUUCUUUGAUUUUUUUAAAAUAAAGUAUUUAUCU